ACAACAAGCGCGCGCCAAAUAUGGCCGAUUGAGGAAAGACACAAUGAAUUUCUCGCAAGUUAGCAGUCAGAAUAGCUUUGUAUCAAUGUAUAAUGCAGACCAACUUGUUCAAUUAACAUUUCGGGGCAUACUUCUGCAAGGAAUACUUGGUACGGUAACACAAAAAUGUGAAAAUUUCAAAAAUCGGAGCCCAGGAAAUGAGGAUUUUCCAAGGGCGCCAUUUUCCAACGUCUUUUUUUUUCAAAUUCAAAAGUUGACGAAAGCCCAGUAAUUUCUCUCAUCCGCCGGCCUGAUCAAGUGUGAGUGGGACAAUCACCGUUACUACAUCGAGCCCAUCGCCUUCGACAUGCAGCUAGUCCAGAGAUACUGCAUCGACGUUAAGGCUAACUCCUCAGUCACUGAGGUACACAGGGUGUUGAAAGCAUCAACAUUCUUGAGGAGUUGAGGCACCUGUCGGUAACCAAGGAAGCUCUCGUAUCCAAGGAGAACAUGGGGGAUGAUGGGAUAGGUGACGAGGAUUGGACGGUCAUCAGUGCACAAAGCUCAACAGCAGAAGUUUACGGGGAUAAGGAGAAACUGGUCCUGACUGAGGAAUGUGAACUUGUGACCUUGCAGGAGGUCAUCAAUGGUAGCCUGGAGGUCACCACGACACACGUGUACUUCUUCGACUGUAGCACCAUUAGGGAAGAUGGUGGUGAGGAUUUCAAGUGGAGUCUGCCUCAGCUGCGCGAGAUCCACUUCCGGCGCUACAACCUGCGCAGAUCUGCCCUGGAGAUGUUCCUAGUGGACCAGACCAACUACUUCCUUAACUUUGAGAAAAAUGUUGGAAUUUCUGUUGUUGUUGUUUUUUCAGACAUUGUGACCUGCCUCGCCCUUGAUUACUGUGGCAUCCAUCUUAUCUCUGGUUCAAGAGACACAACUUGCAUUAUCUGGCAUAUCGAGCAGCAGGGUGGGGUGUGCGUAAACAUAUCACCAAAGCCACUACAAACGCUUUACAGCCACGACAACGAAGUAUCCGCUGUCCACAUCUCCUCUGAACUCGAUCUCGCAGUCUCCGCUAGCAAGGAUGGUACGGUGAUGAUGCACACUGUCCGUAAGGGGAACUUCAUCAGAACCCUGCGACCUGAGUGCAGUGUGGGGUGUAGCCUUGACAUUCCUAUGAUUGCUGUCAACGACAUGGGGCAAGUCAUCGUCUACUCUCGAGAAUCUCAACCUGCGAAUAGAUAGAGGACUUAACUCUGCACUAAUUUUCCCUCAACGGCAAGCUCCUCUGCACACGGACUGUCCAUUCCAAUAUUGGUCACAUGAUCUGCAAGGGAGAGCACCUGAUCACGGGGGACGACCAAGGGAACAUAACUGUGUAUGAACUGUUCAGAUUACGUCAGCUGACCUCUUUACCUCUGUAUGUGCCAGUUCACUGCCUUGCCAUCACCAAUGGCAACAGUCACAUCAUGGCGGGCCUGCGCGAUGGAAAACUGAUUAUUAUCGGCAUCAAGUCGCCAAAUGAAGUUCGCUAAGACCUCCUCUACCAGAUUAUAUUUAAAAAAAUAGUCCCUUUAAAGUUUGCUUUUGGCAAGUUACCAAAAAUGGUGUGACAAGUCUUGUAUUGAAUAUAGAACUUAUGUGUUUACAAAUGUCUUCAUCAGGUAAACUAAAUUAACACUCAAUCUUAGAUGGGUAAAUUUGAUAAAAAAAUAGUGUGUUCACUUUUUAUUGUGGCAAGAUUCUUAAACUGAUUUGUCUGCAUAAAGUGUUAAGAUGCUAAAAAAGAUAGUCCUUUAACUUCUGCUUUUUACUUCUGCAUAAAUUGUUAAGAUGCUAAAAAAGAUAGUCUCUUUACGUCUGCUUUUUACCUCUGCAUAAAGUGUAAAGAUGCUAAAAAGAUCCCUUUACGUCUGCUUUUGACGUAUUACAUAAACUGGGUUUUGUGUAGAAUAUAGAAUAGGAGGAUUUUUUUUUUUUAUAGAACCUUCUUUUUUGCUUGGUUUUGUCAGGUUAUGAAAAACUUGUUUAUUUUUUUCUCAAGGAGUUCAUAUAGUCACUUCAGGUAGAAACAAAUCAUUGGGCAGAAUUAUGCCGUUUUGUACUUAAAGAAUUUUUGCUACUACUGGUCCGUUGAAAUACAUGGCCGCCAGGGGUUUGGGCAUUUUUCCUUUUUAUGGCUAUAGUAAAAACGUGUUAACUGUCUAGUUAAUAUUUUCGCCAAGUUUUAAAAUGGUUUCAAAAAAAGUCGCUGAGAGUUUCAGAUGAGAGACCGUUGACAUUUGGCCUUGUUGUUUAAGAAUUGGGGUUUGGGAAGAAAAGUGCUUUUUACAACAUCGGAAUCAACAAAUGGUAUUUUAAUGUCUGAAUUAUUUAGUUUAAACAAAUUGCACAAUGUGUGAGGGGUUUUGUGUAAUAUAUUUUUGGCACUUUUACUCUUAUAUUUGAACAUCAAGUGUUAACAUUUAAAAAAUAGCCCCUUUACGUCUGCAUGCGAUAUAAUAGAGAAAUUUUGUUUUGUGUCAAAAUAUGUUCAGAGGAAAAUAAUAGUAACAUCUUUUCGUGAAUGUUUUAUAACUGUGCAUAAUUUUGUCAAUGUUGACUUAUGAAAAAUUUGUUUAUUUCGGAAGGUGGUCAAAUAGUUUCUUCAGUUCAGGUUGCAAAAAAAUAAUUGGGCAGAAAUAUGCCACUUUUUGUGAAUGGAGAACUUUUGGCUUAUUCUUGUUAAUGUUAUUUCAAUGUGUGAAUUAUUAAGAUAAAACUAAUGGCACAAUUCCUCUUUAAUAUUAAGAGUUUUGUGUAGUAUAUUUUUUGGCGUUUUUACUGCUCUUUAUCCAGCAUUAGUUUGGUUUUGAUGUUACAAGUUUUUCUUGUUAAUCAUCAACAAUUUGCUCAAUAACAUUGCUGCAGUAAACUUUGUUACUGUCUGACAGCAAAAAACUAUAUAUACUACGAAAAUAUUGUCAAAACACAUUUUUGAAUAGUUCUGUUGUUGCAUAUGUGUAUGUUGAUAUCUUGAUUACAUAUCCAUAGCCAUUGUAAAUAGCGAUAACAAGUGUUUAUUAUACAAUUAUGUACUAAUAUUUGUUAAUAGUUUUUACGCACAUGUUCCUCUUUGAAUUCGACUGUGCUAUAUUUCUUUAUUCAUAUCACAAAUAUUAUGUAUUAUUUAAAUUUAUACAAAGUAUAUGUGAUAAAGUAUGAGGUCUUAUUCAAAGUAAGUGUGAUCAAGUGUGGGGUCUUAUACAAAGUAUGUGUGAUUUAGUGUCAGGCCAUAUUCAAAAUAAGUGUGAUUAAGAGUUAUAAUUGCUUUGAAACAUUGAUAAAAAGAUUUGUUGUUUAGAGCGAUGUGUUUCAGAUUUGUUAACUUAAAACUGUUUUAUACUAACGUGGCAUUACAUACUAAAUCUUUUAAGAUACCACAAUCUUCAAGAAGAUUGUGUGUUUAGAGAAUGCAACGAUAGCAAUGCAAAUGAUUGUUAGAAAUACAUGUUUUUUGUUAUUAUGCACCUUUUGAAGAAGUGGGAUUGAAUCCCUAUUUACUUUUCAUUUUGAUGUUAAAGGUAAAGGUGUUAGUAACAUGAAAUUCAAUUAACAACAAAAUAACUUGUUUUUUGAAGGGCAAGUUUAAUAUCUAAGCAUAAGAUUUCUUACUGAAUACAUAUUGUAAUUAUGUACACGAGAUUACAAAUUGUAUCAUACUCUGUUAUUAUUAACAUAGAGGUCAAUGGUUUCUUUUUUGUUCAUUUUGUUUACUAAAUCUUUCUGUUAAUUUGUUGUGUGUUUGUUUGUCAAAAUAAAGCCAUAUUUUCACGAUAUUUUGGUAUUCUGUUAGACUUUGUCCAGAGAAAUCUCCACAAAUACCUGAAUACUGUAUGUGCAUUAUCGUUAUAAAAUGUUUAUAUUGACACAAGACUGUUUUAGCAUAAAUAUUUUCUUUCAUUUUCUUUAACUCUACUAAAACAAUGCUUGAAUUACAUGAAUGUUUACAUGGUCAGUAAAAUUAUGUUCCUAUUGUUAUAAUUAGAAGUUCUUCUUGAAUGCUCUGAGCUUUUAUAAGUACAUACGUACAGCUCCGGACCGGAGGGUCAAUAGCUGGGAGUUGGAUUAUUGCAACUAUUAUAAUCAGUAGAUAUAAUAGACUGUUUCUUGACAAAUAUGAACCUUAUUCUUGGAAAACUGGGCUAAAUGCAUGAACGUACAACGUCAUCCCAGAUUAGCCUGUGCUGUUGGCACAGGCGAAUCAGGGAAGACGUUUUCCUUCUCAAAUUGAUUUUUGCUAAGAAGAGAAUAACUUCAAACGAAAAUACCAUACAAGCAAAAAGUGCCUUCCGUGAUUAGCCGGUCUGGACUGGGAAGACACUUUAUGCAUAUGCCUUAAGACCAGUUUUGUCCAAAACGCAGCACAUUUAGAAAUUGAUUGGAAGAAAAAUCCGGUUACACUAAUGGUAGACUAUCUGACACUAUUUUACUGACACUAUUUGAUGUUAGAUUAUAUUUAAGUUAUCUCUUUACCACUUAGAUACUUAUUUUCACGCAUUUGUAGUCCCUUAGAAAGUUAUAUUUAAUUUAAAAUCUUCUUUACUAGAUUCAAUAUUUUAAAGGAUGCAUUUCCAACCCUCAGAUGAGCAGCAAACAACAUAAAACCCAAAAAGACUGCGAGUUACUCGCAGACUGAUCUGGUUUUAUGCUGUUUGCACAUAACCAUUUUCGGUUUGCUUCUAAGUUGGAAGGGCUAAAGUAAUUACCUUGUUUUCUCCGUAAACAAAAUCUGUGAUAUUUUAUUAACAAAAAUAAAGUACCAAACAAAGUACCAAUUAAAGUCUAGGCAAAUUAAAUUGUUGUAUCACGUCAAUGUAAAAGUAAUAUUUAGUAGCUUUAUUGUUAAUGUCUACUUGUAUAACGUGAUUGAUUUACACAGUAUGUGUAUAAAUGAUAAAUGAUGGUCUAUGUAUAUCCUGGUAUAUCAUCUUGUGCAAUAUGUAACCAAGUUUUGUCACAGAAUAAAAUAUAUUUAUCUUUUCAAAAA